UCUGAGUCUUCAAAUCUUUCCCAUUCUUGUAAAUUACGGAGGCAGUUUAAUCUUAAUGGGAUGCACAAGGCUGGUGAUGUGAUUCUGGGUGGGCUGUUUGAAGUCCACUACACCUCUGUCUUCCCUGAGCUGACAUUCACCUCGGAGCCACAACAGCCCAACUGUCAAGGUUUUGACACUCUAGGGUUCAGGCAUGCCAUGACCAUGGCUUUUGCUAUUGAUGAGAUCAACAAGAACUCCAAGCUGCUACAAAAUGUGACUCUGGGAUACAGUCUUUAUGACAACUGUGCUACGCUUGGUAUUGGGUUUAGUGCUGCAUUGUCAAUGGCCAGUGGUCAAGAGGAGCAGUUUCUGCUUCAGGAGAACUGUUCAGGGUCCCCUCCUGUUAUGGGGAUUGUUGGUGAUCCAUUUUCAACCUUUUCUAUUGCCACCUCCAAUGUUCUUGGUUUAUUCAAACUGCCUAUUGUGAGUUAUUUUGCCACAUGUUCCUGCCUGAGUGACAGGCAGCAGUUUCCAUCCUUCUUCAGAACAAUUCCAAGUGACGCUUUCCAGGUGCGUGCUAUGAUUCAGAUCCUAAAACACUUUGGCUGGACUUGGGCAGGUCUGCUGUUCAGUGACGAUGACUAUGGACUCCACGCUGCCCGAUCCUUUCAUUCUGACCUGGCUCAGUCUGGUGGAGGUUGCCUGGCCUACUCAGAGAUUUUACCUUGGGGCAAUGAUCCAAAUGAAUAUAAGAGGAUUGUGGCUGUGAUGACAAAAUCCACGGCUCGUGUGGUCAUUGUUUUUGCACAUCAGAUGCACAUGAUUCAGCUGAUGGAGGAGGUUGUGAAGCAAAAUGUGACAGGCCUGCAGUGGAUUGCCAGCGAAGCUUGGACAUUAGUUGAUGGACUUCAUACCCCUUCCUUUACACCAUACCUGGGUGGAACACUUGGCAUUGCUAUCCGUUGUGGAAAAAUACCAGGACUUAAGGACUUCCUGUUAAGAAUUAAUCCUGACCAGCACCACAACAAUGGCUAUGGAAAUAGCAUGGUGAAGCAGUUUUGGGAAUACACAUUUCAGUGUAGAUUUGCACCACCUCCAGCAGGUUGGGUUGAAGCUGGGGGAGCAUUAUGCACUGGACAAGAAGAUCUAGAGGAUGUCGAGACUGAGUUUUUGGAUGCAUCAGAACUCAGACCAGAGUACAAUAUUUACAAAGCUGUGUAUGCUCUGGCUUAUGCCCUCGAUGAUUUGCUGCAGUGUGAGCCAGGAAGAGGGCCUUUCAGCGGGCACAGCUGUGCCACCAUACAAAGACUGGAGCCAUGGCAGCUUAUGCAUUACUUGCAAAAAGUCAACUUCACCACAUCGUUUGGUGAUCAAGUUUCAUUUGAUGAGAAUGGUGAUGCCUUACCAAUAUAUGACAUCAUGAAUUGGAUGCUGCUCCCUGAUGGAGAAAUUACACUUCAAAAUGUGGGUGAGGUUAAGAAGUCGGCCUUCAAAGGUGAAGAACUCAUAAUUGAUGAAGGCAAAAUCUUCUGGAACUUUGACUCAAAAGAGCCACCCCAGUCAGUAUGCAGCGAAAGUUGUCCUCCAGGUACCCGCAUGGCCAGGAAAAAGAACCAGCCUGUGUGUUGUUUUGACUGCAUCCCCUGUUCCGAGGGAGAAAUUAGUAAUGAAACUGACUCCAUGGAGUGCAACAACUGUCCAGAGGACUUCUGGUCCAGCCCCCAGCGUGACCGCUGUGUUCCUAAGAAAACAGAGUUUCUCUCCUACCAUGAGCCUCUGGGUAUCUGCUUGACAACUGCCUCAUUGUUUGGCACUUUUAUCUGUGCUGUUGUCCUGGGCAUCUUCACCUACUAUCGCAGCACACCCAUGGUACGCGCCAACAAUUCAGAACUGAGUUUCCUGCUCUUGGUUUCACUUAAACUAUGUUUCCUGUGUUCACUGCUGUUUAUUGGACGUCCCAAGCUUUGGACAUGCCAGUUGAGACAUGCAGCAUUUGGGAUCAGCUUUGUGCUUUCUGUCUCAUGUAUUCUGGUGAAAACCAUGGUGGUUCUGGCUGUGUUCAAGGCCUCCAAGCCAGGAGGUGGAGCCAGUCUGAAGUGGUUUGGUGCUAUGCAGCAGAGAGGGACAGUUCUGGUUCUCACUUCUAUUCAGGCUGCAAUCUGCACAGCUUGGCUUGUCUCUUCCUCACCAGCUCCUCAUAAAAACACCCAAUAUCACAAUGACAAGAUAGUUUAUGAGUGUGUAGUUGGGUCCACAGUUGGUUUUGCAGUGUUAUUGGGGUAUAUUGGAUUACUGGCUGUCCUUAGCUUCCUGUUAGCAUUUCUGGCAAGAAAUCUCCCAGACAACUUUAAUGAGGCCAAACUAAUUACAUUUAGUAUGCUAAUCUUCUGUGCUGUGUGGGUGGCCUUUGUCCCUGCUUACAUCAACUCUCCAGGGAAAUAUGCAGAUGCUGUGGAGGUGUUCGCCAUCUUGGCCUCCAGUUUUGGUCUCUUGGUGGCGCUGUUUGGACCCAAAUGUUUCAUAAUCCUGCUGAGACCAGAGAGGAACACAAAGAAAGCAAUCAUGGGUCGAGAAACCUCCAAGUCAUAG